AUGCUGGCGCAAUCCUCAACAUCACACAGACACCUCACGCAGGCCGGCACCGACAUCCACUUCCUCUCGUCCGGUGAGCAUCAGCAGCAGGGUCGUCUGGCUGUUUUACUGCACGGGCUAGGCGGCUCAACCGAAACAUUUCGAGAGCUUCUCCCAUUCAUCCCACCCAACUAUCAAGUCAUCAACGUUGACGUCGAAGGGUUUGGAAAGACACCUCUCAACCAGGAAGGGAAGCCUCUUUCAUUCGCACGCUAUGUCUCCGACCUACACGAUCUCAUCACACAUGUUCAGGAAUCUGGUUCAGCCUCAACCUCCAGCUCCACCUCGACAGCAGGAACGGCAACGGCAACGGCAACAACAGCCAUCAACGGCAACAGCAGUAGCAGCAACCGCAGCCAGGAACCAGUCCUCCUCGUCGGUCACUCCCUCGGCGGCAUCAUCAGCUUACACUAUGCUGCCCAGUACCCCACCCAAGUGGCAGGACUUUUACUUCUGGGUCCAGGCCGCUCCUUGAAAAGCAUUCCGCCGGCCCAAAAAGGCAUGCAAGCUCUGGCUCGGACGGCGCGCGAGCAAGGCAUGGACGCGGUGGCGCAGAUGGCACUGCAGAGCAAUUUCCCCGCGGACCGCGACAACGAGCCCGCGCACGUCCAACAGGUGCGUGACGCCGUGGCUUCGUCCGAUGCCGAAGCGUAUGCCUCCACGGCCGAGGCAAUCGCCAGCGACGACCAUCAUGACCCGGAUUACAGUCGCAUCCGGUGUCCGGUCGUCUUUGUCGCGGGUGACAAGGACAAGAUCAGCCCGGUGCAGAGGUCCGAGGAUAUCAGCGCUCUGCUCGGCGGGCCGGCCGAAGUCGUCGUGGUCAAGAGCGGACAUCAGCCGAUUCUGCAGGACCUCGAGGGCGUCACGAAGGCCUUCGACAAGUUGCUCGCCAUGGUAUAG